UGGAAUAUAAACCAAAACGCUUCUAAGUUCGGAAGUUGUCAUAGUAGAGUUGUAGACCGCAGCUACGGACUUCUCUCGUCGCCGGUGAUUAAUCGUUUUGAUACCCCUGUGGUGCCUGAAUAACUUGCCAAGAUGCAGAAUGAAGAGGGACAAAACAUGGAUCUCUAUAUUCCAAGGAAGUGCUCUGCCACAAACAGACUGAUUACUUCCAAGGAUCAUGCUUCUGUCCAAAUUAAUGUUGGCCAUUUGAAUGAGCACGGUGUCUAUGAUGGAAAACACACUACUUUUGCUUUGUGUGGAUUUGUUCGUGCACAGGGAGAUGCUGACAGUGCUCUUGACAGGCUCUGGCAGAAGAAGAAAGCCCAAAUCCACCAAUAGUGAUCUCUUCUGGUGUGCUGUUGAUUUUGCUCGUCUCAAGUCUAUCUGGUAUUGUAGUCACUUCUAUUUAUAGCUUUACAAUCUCGUGCUUCUAAGCCUCCAUUUUAAUCUAAAUGUUUCGGGUUAGGUUUGAAUUGAGUUUAGUUUGAUCCUGCUCUAGACUUAAAAGUAUGGGAUAGUGAUGGACUUAUUUGCUUCUUAAAUUUGAUUUUUUGAGUUUUGACAAUUUGUUGUUUAUAACAUCUCAUUAUUCCAUUU